AUGACCGGGGUUACGGCUGCCCUACUGUGCGCACUUCUCUGCAUGGGGUCUGCCGUGGAGGCUAAUCCUAUUAAGGGGCUGAAAGUCAAGGGCAAAGAGUUUUCGGGAAAGAUCGACAUCACAAGUUUCAAGCAAAGCGAUGGCCAGCUCAUCGCGGUUGGUACGUGCGCCGGAAAGAAGUCCAAAGACAACUCUGACGUCAGCGACACCCCGUGCCAGAUGGUUGUGACGGACUUCAACGGCGUCGACCCCGCAACGCUCCCCAAGGAUGGGUCUGGCAACAGGAAGCUCCUGGCGAAGAAGGAGAAGAAGACGAAAGCACCAACAGCCCCCGCCGAAACCGCUGCCACUGUUGCUGACGCUGCUGCCGUCACUCCUGCCCCGACCACCGAAGCCCCGACAACCGCCCCCGUAACCACAACCGCCGCAACAACCGCUCCAGCAACUACGACUGCCCCCACAUCUAGUUCCAUUCCGGCCUCCACGUCAUCGUGCCAGGUGGCAAAGUUGAGCCUCCAGGGACUGCAGCUCGAGCUCCUCGGUCUAGUUGUGUCCAUCGACCAACCGGUCGUGAUCACCAUCGACGCAAUCCGGGGGACGGUGCUCGGGGAUCUGCUGUGCCCGCUCGUGUCCGCUCUAGUUACGCCCGCGCUCGCGACGCCGUCGCUUUCGACGGUGAUGGUCACGCUCACCCAAGCUGUGAAUGCGGCGCCGUAA